AUGCCUGCAUCCGCCCGAAAAUCCAGCCUUGGCGCCAGCGGUGCCGUAGGCCGUCGUGCCAACAAGCCCUACGUCCCCUUCCGCGCAGACGAACGUGGUGUCGGAAAACGCACGGGCCAAUACGUCCCUUACAUCGAGCACCACUCCGACGAGUUCGAGCCGUUCUCUGAGGUUCUGAAUCAGGCGAAGACACCACCGAAUAAUGUCAAGUCACGGAGGGGAAGAGGUGGCGGAGCGAGUGGGGGGAGGAGCGGGCGUGGAGGGAGAGGAGGCGGAAGGGGAGGUGGACAAGGGAGUGCGAAAGGCAAGGGGAGAGCGAGGGCGGUUGUUAGUGAGGACGAGGACGAUGGGGAGAUGUCGAUGGAGCUCGACGACAGUCCUGUCGUAAACUACACCAACGCCCGCAACCCGCAGCCCCCUUCCUCCAUCUCCCGCCUCGGCAACUCCUCCUCUCGCUCCCUCCCCCGACCCUCCGACGGCACAGACUACGACUCCCUCCCCUCCCCGCCCUCCAUGCCCCGUUUCCGCAACUCCCAGCAAACACCCACCGGCUCCGGCCGCCGUUCCUCUAUAUUCCCCAACGGCUCCGCCUCAGCAGCAGGAGCCAGCGUCGUGUCCAGUUUCUCGAGCCCUGGGGUGAACAAUAUGUCGUAUUCGGCCGCGAUGCCGGAGAUGGAUCCGGACGAGGAUAUGUAUGGGACCGGGAUGGGAGGGUUCAAUGAUGGUGGGUUUAGCGACGAUGAUGACGAUGAUGAUAACACCGAGCAGUUUGAGUCGUUCGAUCCGGAUAAGUCUAGUAAGUCGGCGAGGUCGAGACAGAGUAUGGGUGGGCAGAGUGGUGUGAGUGCGAGUGUGGGGCCGAGCACGACGUCGUCGAGGAGGACCUCGUUCUCGCAGAUGGGUCAGGAGGACGACGAGAAUGAGGGCGACGAAGAAGAAGGGCAGGAGGAGGAGCAGAGUCAAGAGGACGACCAAGAAGACCAAGCAGAAGCGGAAGCGCGGGCUUUGGCUCAAGCCAACAAGUCGAAGAAUAAAGGCAAGAGACGGGCCACGAUAGAAGAGAUCGAACAGCAACAGGACGACGGUGUAGAAGACGAGAUCGAGCAGGGCUUACAGGACGUGGAAAUGGAUCCCGGCUUCGACGACGACGUCCAGGAGCAGGAGGACAUUCCGGAACCGGAACCACAGCCUAAGAGGAAGAGAAAGAAGGAGAUGGAGAGGGGCGAAGAGGUCGAUGUGACGAAUGCAGGGAGGAAGCGGGGGAGGCCGCAUAAGAGGGAAGUCCAUGCCCUUCCAGACGAACCCGAAGCCGACGAAUCAGGCCUCCGACGUGGCACCCGCCGCCGCUACGCCCCCCUCGAUUGGUGGCGACUCGAAAAAGUCGUCUACGGACGGCGCGACUCCGGCGUCACCCUCGUCCCCACCAUCAAAGACAUCAUCCGUAUCCCGAAAGAACCACCUCAGCCUCUCAGCAAGGCAGGACGUAAAAGAGGAGGCUCGACGAGGGCGAAGAGUAAGACGGCGGAUGGCGGAGAGGUCGUUACGGUCUGGAAUCCGGAGGAGGGUUGGGACGAUGAGACGGAGCAGAAUGGGAUCGUGUUGGAGUGGGGGAGUGGGGUGCCGGUGCAGAGACGCUUGGCGUAUACUGCGACCAUGAUCAAGCCGAAGCCGGCACUGAACAACGAUUUCUAUUUCCAGAAGGUCUUUGGAGACGGAGAGUACAUCGCUGCCGGACAGCUCAUGAUCCCUCCAGGAGGACACAAGCCCUCCAAGACCACGAAAGACAAUACAUACGUUUUCUACAUCAUCGAAGGCGCCGUAAACUUCAAAGUGCACGACUCGUCCUACGUCCUCGCCACGGGCGGCAUGAUCCUCGUCCCGCGCGGGAACAACUAUUACAUCGAGAACAUCUGCGAGCGCGACGCACGCUUGUUCUUCGCGCAGGCGAGGAAGGUCGCGGCAGAGGAGGGAGAUACCGACAGGGCGGUUUCGGCGCCGAUUAGUGUGAGCGGGCUGAGGGCGCGGUCGAAGUCGAAUGAGGGAGAGAGGGAGGGUACGAGGGAGGCGGGAGGCGCAGGGGGGAAGAAGAAGAGGGCGGCUAGUAAGGUGUAGACGGGCGUUGGCAGUUUCGGUGUUGAGUAUGCUCCCUUGUUCAAGUCCAUGUUUGACGUGUCUCGGUUUUCGGCUGGAUUACCUUCGAACUGGAUACCCAUGCAAGGACGAUGUUGUGGUUGUAGGUUGUGGUAUUUGAUGGAUUCCCCAGUGUAAACACAUAAGCUCGGUCUCUUCAGGCUCUAUGACUAUGAUAAUGCGCUUGUAUCUAGUUUGUUGCCCAGCCCCUUUUUAACUUUCUAUUUC